AUGUCCAUGUCCAAUUUUACAACACCGAAACGUAAGCUGUUAGUUAAAUUGCUGCCGCCGCUAUAUUUCAUCGCCACCGAACUCUCUCCGAUCGCGGCGCAGCGGCUCGUUAAAUUAUUUGUCGCCGCUGCCUUUCACGAAGAGCUGUCGCGGCGUUCGGAACCGGUCAACUUCCAAAGACGCCCGUGGAUUAUCCCGGCUCGGGCCGCGAAACAAUGCACCCUAAGUCCGUCCAUCAAGCCGAAUCGAAAUCGGCCGUCAAUCGAUCGAGUGCGGGCGGCCGCUUUCGCGCGCGACCGGAAACGAGCAUCGGACAUGGAGGCUAGGACGCUGUUUGCUCUCGUCACUCGAGGUAUUCGUAGUAGUAAGCCAUCGACACCAGACCAGGCGAAGCGACGUGUAACC